AUGUUCAAGCCGCUGGGCUUGCUGGCCAAGCUGCCAUGCCCUGACCACGCAAAGGGCGAGUGCGAGUCCACCAGAACGCUCUGCCCCUUCUCACACAAACCAGUCCCUCCAAACACCACCCCGACAUCAACGACAGCGCUCAGCACCCGAGCUGGUAUUCAAGGCGAAGCGCCUACUCGUACUAGCAUCACGGGCACUUCUCAGUCCUUGUCGAGCGGUCUGAAGCGAGCGGCUCCCGCUCAGAGCACCUCAACUUCCGCAGCAAAGGCAAGUGCCACCAGCAGCACUGCGGCGUCUCCGCCUCCCCUCAAGAAAGCCAAAAACGCUUACUCCGCCGUCAAAGCUUCGCCGUCGUCAUCCUCAGCGAGCGCCGCUUCCACAUCCAAAGCUGCAAGCAGCAGCAACGACUGGUCGCUGGUCGGUGCGCAGCCGCCCAAGAUCGGUUUCAAGGACCACCCUUCGUCUUCCAAGAUCCCACUGUCCGCACGACAGAACGGCCUCAAAGCCUUCUACGACGGCUUCGUUUCGACCUACGAGCCCUUUUUGAAGAGCUCUGAUCCCAUCGUCGCUGGGUGCGGGCAGAAGCUUUGUCAUGACCACGCGCUCGCGCAAGAAGCCGAGCACUUUGCCAAAGUCGACAAACACUCCUACAAGAACAGCUGCAUCACGUUGCUUGUCGGUAUCAAGAGGAGAGACAGAGAGGCGCUCGAGGCAGCUGCCACUGCUGCAGCCAACGAGGCUCAGGCACAUCGGGGCGACUCUGGCCUGCACGACCGCAUCAUCGACAUGCUAGUCGCAAACUGCACCGAGAUCGGGACCGUUUCGCAGGUGGACGCCAAGAGAAAGGCAGUGCAAGAAAGAAGAUCAGGCAAGCUCGACCGCGCAAGACUCGAGAAGGCCGGCUUCGUCUGUCCGGUGGACCAGCUGGAGAAGUACGAGUACACUGCAGUCAUCCCACCAGAUUGGCAAGACGAGGGUAGCAGCAAACCAGACGCAACAGGCGAGGUCAAGGAAUGCGAGCGCUGCGGCAAAAGAUUUACGGUGGGCGGCGAGAUGAAUGAAUCGGGCACGGGAAGGAUCCCGCAGAACCCGAAGGAAUGUGGCUACCAUUGGGGAAGGCGACGCUUUGACAAGCUACCAGGCGUCAAAGGGCGCGUGCAUAUGUGGACUUGCUGCAGCAAACAAGUGGGCAGCAGCGCUCUCGGCGAUGACAGCUGCUGUUUCGGUCCGCACGUCUUCAAGGAGACGGCCGGGCUCGACCUGCAUCGCAGAGAGGCCUUCAUCACGACGCAGGAGCUGAUCGAAUCGAUCAAGGACGAAGUCGGCACAAUGGCUCCACUCGAUAUGGUCGCAGUCGAUUGCGAGUUGAGCUACACUACGGCGGGACUGACGUUGACGAGGUUAACCCUGGUGGACGAAGAAGGAGGGAUGGUCCUCGACGAGAUCGUACGCACACGGACCGACAUUGUCGACUACAAUACACGCUUCUCGGGCAUCACCCCGGAAGAGUACGAGCAGAAGGCCAUCUUCACCCUCGAUGAGGUGCGCAAGAUGAUGGCGCGCUUUGUGGGCGUCGACACUAUCCUCGUCGGCCAUGGACUGGAGAACGAUCUGCGAGCUAUCAGGCUGGUCCACCACAAGGUGGUCGACACGGUCAUGCUGUAUCCGCAUGCACGCGGCUUUCCCUUCCGCACUUCUUUGCGCGAUCUCACCGCGAGAUUCCUGGGCAAGAUCAUCCAGAACGGCACCAGUCUGGGUCACUCGUCGUUGGAGGACGCCAAGAUGUCGUUGGAGCUGGUCCGACACAAGAUGGUCAAUGACCCCAUCUCCCCCUUUGCCAGCAAGGAGGCAGACGAUGGCAAAGAAAAAGCGGAGAAAGCGACUGGAGUGGCCGUGGAAGGCGGUCCGAGCAAGCCGACUGGAACAUCUCCUGCGAAAGCGGCCCCUGUACGCUCGAGCCUCUUUGGAGCAUCCUUGGCCAACGAAAGCGCUCGUUCGGUCUUUCGAAAGUGA